GUGGGCGAACAGCAAGGACUUCAAUUCGGGAUCUCUCAGUUAUUCAAUCAAACCGUUGUGCUGUUUUUGUGUUUCCUAUUAGAUUUCUAAUAGUUUUUCCUCGUAGCGACAAACGGUCUGUGCAAUUCCUUGAACUGUUAUGAUUAACUGUGGUCGCACACUACUGGACUAAGGAUAACCAAAAGGGACGAUCGGCUAAUGGAAGGAUAAGAUUUUUUCAUCGGUUAUCAGUGGUGGAGGUGGAUACCAUUUUUCUGACCUAGUGCUCCGCAAAAGUAGUGUGUCAUUCCGUAAUGUGAGAGGUUGAUGGAUGGUGCGGUAAACCCUUCCCUGUGACUAUGUGGGGCAUCCAAUCGAGUGUAUCGGUAUUUCUUCUAGCCGUUGAAGGUGCGAAGGAUUCCCGGAGAGUUCGUUCGGUGUAGUGCAUGAAAAACGGGAAACUCAGCUGGAAAAUUAGUGUGUGCGGAUGAGCCAGCAUUUAUGGCUAGCUUCAAGAUGUGAACGCUGUGACCGCAGGGGAUAAGACUUAACAAUAGAACCUCCGGUGGAUUUUCCUGAACACAAGUCAUCAUCGUCAGCUGAAGCCGAAGUGAAUGUGAGUGCAGUGUGUGGAAGAAGCAUAAAAGUUACCAAUCGGGGGAGUAUGCAACAAUAGCUCCACUGUGGCGUACUCAGUCGGAAUACAAGUGGAAACUACCCUUCGCCGACGGCGUAUUAUAUCUAUUUAGACAGUGUCUAUCCUUAGCGAAUAAUACCAAAUCCAACCUACUACUAGUAGUGAAUAUAGUGAAUCUAUAAGGCUUAAAGCUCGUAGUGUUCGUCCUCCCUCAAGUUAAGCAGAAGAGGGAUUUAUCCUAACAACAAAUUACAAACCCGUCUCGUCAAUCGUGUUUAGAAGCAGUAGCGAGCCCUCUUCGUCAUCCAAUGCCCGCCCUAUUCUCGUUUACUGGUGUAAUCGUCUAUUCUAACAAGCAAAGUGGAAAAAAGAAAAGUGUCGUCGGUGUCUAUUGUUGUCAUUGCUGUUGAUGCUGCUGCUGCUGUUGUUGUUAAGCUGUUAGUGAGUACAUCGUAUAGAAAAAGGAAAAUAUUCAAACCAAGCUAACAAGUGUGUAUCUACCGAAGCUUACCUAUAACCGUCUGUAUACUGUAUCCAUGUCAGAAGAAUAGAGUGAAAAAAAAGUGAAAUAACAACGCCAUAAGUGUUUCGCUGGAACUGCUAACUACUCUACUAUAUAGGAAAAUCGCGUAGUGCAUCUGUGUCCUGAAUACUGUUACGUCUAUGAGAAUACAUCACACAUAUAUAGCCCCCUACUGUCUGUCGCUGACUACCACUUCUCAUUCAUACCACACAAGAAGCAAAACAAUACGACCCAGAAGAAAGGAAGUUAUUUAAAUCAUAGAAAAACAACUGGCACCGUGUCUGAUAGCGGUGAAGCUGAGUGGUGAAAAAAAGUGAAUUGCCUGUUACUACUAGACAAGAAAAAAAUAGAAAACGAUCCAACAACAAGAAGAAGAGAAAUUAAACGGAAAAACCGACUCGUGGCUUCCGGAUUGUGGCUUUUGUUUCGAGGGGAAGACGAACAAAAAGCAAGGAAUACACACUUCCGUGGUGCAAAUGUGAACGGUGGCUUGAUUGGGAUUUUAUGCCGAAGAUAGAGCCAACUGGAAUUGCUACAAUGUAAUCUACUGUGGUGAAAGCAGUUUUUCGGUGUAUUGCAGUGAACUCUGAUUGACCUCCGCAUCCAGUAUUCAAUAGUUCACCACUCAUCGAAAACCCAUUUCAAUUCUCUCCACUCUGAAAUUUCCACUGUUCUACCGGAAUAAUGAGUCAGUUUGUGAAAAGGGGUACUAUUCUCGAUUCUCCUGCAUAAUUGUUAUUAUGUAGUAUAUUUGAAAACAAGCACGAAACUGAUAACGAUAUGGAAGUUUCCAUCAACCCGAACAACAAUGUUGAAAAGCUCUGAAUGGGUGCCUGUGGUUGGCAAUUAAUUAUAAUGAAAACCAUACAUCGAUAACCAUCAGGAGAUUUAAAGUUGAAAAGUGCGAUUGAAUCUUGUGCACCGAAUAUCCCAGUUUUUCCACCGCAGUGAGAAACGAGGCGAAUCAAUCGAAAAGUGAGGGUGGCUUUGCGGAUUUUAAAUGGAUUCAGAAUCCCAUCGUUGGAAGUGAGGUUCAGAAGGAGAAUCGGAAGUGAAGUACGGAUUAUAGUCAACUGUGGUGAUUGGGGUGGCGAAGGGCGAACGGCAAUUCAAUAGAAGAGUGAAAGUAACGAAGAAAAAUUGUGGAAAUGGAAUAAAAAUAAUUAAAAUUUAUGCCGAUGUUAAUGGUGAAUUGUUUAUGUAGCUCUGAUGGGUGCUGCGGUGCGGAGAAGAAAUAAAACCAACGUCGAAGCCAAAACCAAGUCAUUAUCGGUGCUGUAAUAUUGUUUCUACUGGUGUGUGUGGGAGAGUUGAAAGUUGGUGGAGAAAAAAUAAAUUAUACAGAAGGGUCUCGCCUCUGUUUUGGAUUGGUGAAAAGGUCAGGUGUGAAAAAGUGUACCUUGAAAGGUUAAAGCUGGAGGAAAAGUGCAAAGUCAAUUAAUGGUCUGCGAAGUGAAAUACAAACGGGAAGCUCGCAAGGAAUACAGCAAAGCAGAGCGGAAAUAUAGUGUCUCGUAAAUCUUUGCCCGGCUGAAUGGAAGUCCUCCUCGAAGUGAAACACAUUUUCCAACUAUAACCUUAUCUACUGUCUACGUGUGUAAGAAAGUGCGUGUGCCGAUUUCAGACCAGAAGAAGCAAACGAAGUGAUUGUAAUUUCCAGUGCACCUCCCUCCGGGUGAAUUUCCGAUGGUGACAAAGCCAUAGUCGAGUCCCACCCACUUAAUCUGCAAAACUUCGGUAGGCUUCGAACGAUAGGCAGCCCCUCCGAUUGCUGUUCUGUAUCUCAUCGUAUACAACGUGGGAGAUUCCAGUGGACGACGCACGGUGGUCAUAAAAUAAGGCAGCUGAAACCAACGUCAUCUCUCCAAACAUCGAAAAACCACCACAACCUGUCAGUCGAUCCAUUAGAGUUCCGUUGCAACAUGCCACCAGCGCAGAUACGACACCAUCCUUGCAAUCCCUGACAGAUCCCCCUUCCGUUACGUCACGCAUGUGACCCCGAAGAACGUCGCUUCUUCGUCAUGCAAUUCCCAUGCAAAGUCGAACAUUUCUUCUCUUUGGUCACCCAUCACGAGUGACAGUGGCUUGUCAGCUUUCUCUCUACUAGAAAGAAUGUAAACCCUUCAAGGUGGCGCAGAAAACCACAAGGUCCCGAAUACACAAUCAGCAAUUCAAAGGAACAAAAUCGAAAAACAAAAUCCAACAGGAAACGGAUACGCUUAACCGAAACACAACCACUCACACAAAUACACAGUGAUUUUUUAGGUAAUCAUACAUGUUUGAUUUAUUUUUAUACAAUGUUAUAUUUGUACCAGAAAUGCUUUUAUUGAGUGAAUUACGAGGAAGGCGGCAGCAAUCGAUACCGAUUCAGCAUUUGCAUAAAGCAAGACAAGAGGCUAUUAUCUUUGCGUUAGGCUGAACCUUGUCACAAAAACACUCACAAACUUUGUGAGUGUAUGGAGAGGUCCCGUAAAGUCGAUUCGUCGCAAUCACAGCCGCCAUUGUCGUACCACCAUCAGUUAGGGUCGAUAGGUAGAAGUAAUUUUUUGAAUGACAUCGUAGACCAGCAGACCUGAUGAAUUGGCUGCAUUUCCGUGACUUGGUUUGAAAAAUUAAUAGGUCCCGGGUCUCCUUCUUUCCCUGCCUGAAGUUGUCAUAAUCAAACGAGGGAAGCAACACGAAAAAACUAAAAUAAUGAUCAGACAAUACUCAUGAAUAAGUUAGUGGGCAACUAGUUGCUUGUGUAGGUAGCGCAAUCAAAGCAGAGCAAAAAUAUAAAGGAUAUCGAUUUAUUUACUGGGUUGAGGAAUAUUUUGAGGUGGAAAACUAGGGGAAAUGUGUGAGAUGAUUCUGUCCAGUGUAGUGCAGGGGUAUUGAGGGUUAGUGUGCGAUACAAUUGUCCCUAAUUGAUGUAGGAGCUAUGUAGAACAAAGUUAGCAUCGGUGGAGCUUAGUUCGCAUUGAUGACGGUCGUUUUAUGAGGUUAACUUUUGGAACUAUUUUACUUCCGCGAGUCAAACACUUCCGCACUUCCUGAUGCAAGGAAUUGGAGGAGUUCUUUUGUACACGGGUAGGAUAAGUAAUCCGUUGAUGUUAUCAUUUACAACCUAGAGCUGAGAAUUGAUGGAUUUGUUGAAUCUUUUGAUACCAAUAAGUGUUGAUUUGAUGAGUUCUGCUCGGUCCAAUUAGACGCAGAGAUAGUUUUCGUACGAAAAGCAGAGAUAUUUUCGAUGAGAUUUUUUAAGCCCAGAGCCUGAUCAACGAGCAAGAUAUCACUAGCGAAUUGCCAUCCCCAUAAACAUGCAAAAACACACUGUUAUAAGGAGAACAACAAUUGAAGAUGUUUAAAUAUUGUUGUAUUUGUUACCUAUUCUAAGUCUAGGCAACGUUAAGCUACCAAUCAAAGUUUCAAAACGAGAGCAACCAAAGGAAUUUUAUAUUUAUUUUUUACACAAGACAGCCCUAGGAAUUAUUGAAACGCUAAAAACAAAGCAGCAAGGACUUGUAGAGGCAUAAAGGGUAGAUGUUUUCAGCCAUUUUCUAACGUUUUAUACAAAGAGACAAAUGAAGUGCAACAAGCUACUGAGAAACAGGUAGACAGCUAAGGCAACUAAACGUAAUAAAAAACACACAUACAUACCAAAGUAUUUUAGGAAGUACGCGUCAAUGUUAGAUGAACCAGGUGGUAUUUUGCGCUUGAAGGUGUUAAUUUUUAGGGAGCUUUAAACGUCUGUAACUGUAAUGUUAAAAGAGGCCACACUUACACUAAGAACACUAAAAACACAUCUACUACUACACCAUUUUUAUCAAAUACUGCAACAAGCCCACACGAAACAAAAGAUCUUAAUUUUAACAUUCAAAGGAGUCCCCUAAACUAGGAAAAAUAAAAUUUCUGAGUAUUUAUUGUUGAUAAUCGGAUAACUAGAAGCACCAAACGAAAACCAAAUCUUUUUUGAUAACUGUCUACAAGCUGUUUAGGUAAUAACAAAGAGAAAACAUGUUUCAACUUUAUGUCGCAUGUUAGUUAAGUCCAAAUUCCCUCUCCCGACUGUCGUAUUCUACGCGUAACCGUGGCUUGAACGUACGAAAUUGAUGUUACUUAGCGCAAAGCUGAAUUGGAGUAGAUUCUACUGGUACAAAAUCUCUCUCUUCGAUCGAUCGACUACACGACACUCACACUCAUAACAGAGACACUGUAGAAGUGACACGCACAUUCGGCCGCCACCAUGUAUGCAGCAGCCGGAGGUGCCUCCUUGGCCUCCCGCCAAGCCCGCAAGAAACAGGCCGCCCAGAACACCAAGAACAAGGCCACCAACCAGCAGAUCCUCCGGGAGAAGCUAGCUGCCAAGGCGGUCACCACACCGACCAAAAGUAAACCCUUUCACCAGUUACCUGCCUCGUAUCUGCGGGCGCCCCACCAGCACCAUCGGAAGCUCAGCGCCGGCUACACCACAGUUCCCGGUUUCGACCAGCACCAGAAAUCGUUGGUACCUAUCAGUGAACAAUCUUCUUCAUCCCAUGGAGCUCAUCCGCCUCAUACGCCCCAUCAUCACCACCAUCACCAUCAUCACCAUCCGGGUCAUCCAGGUCCUUGCUAUGCCGUUCAUGGACCAUCGGGCGGAAGUGCCGGUGCCAGUGCCACCGCCGCUGCCGCCCAUCCCCCAUUCCCAAAACCAACCGGAUUCCGUGAAUACGACAAACUGGUAAGACGUCAACAGCUAACAAAGUCUGCCACAGCCACAUUGCCACUGGUCUCACAAGCACAAGAUCUAACACCACCACAAACGCCUACCGCUACCCUCUGCUUCGCCGAUCAACAACAUCAGCGCUCCACACUUCAUCUCGCCAGCCCAAAUCCCAACACAUUCUCACAGCCCCUUCACCUACAAAUACCCACCAACGAUCCGAUCAUAAUUACACCGGCCACACCGCAGGCCACUCCACCGGGCAAGCUCAACCUUCAGCUCACCACCACUACCACAACCGCCACCGCCGAUGACGAGGGACGACCUCUGACGCCAACCCCGGGAGCACUGGAGCGCAAGUGCAGCGUCUACCGGAGCCGAAGUAGACACGAUCCCUUCGAGGAACAUCUGCCCUUCAACCAAACGACAAUAAGUAGCAGCCAUCACGAAGCAGCCGUAUACUACGCCCAGCAUCAGCUGCCGAACGGCGAUCAGCAGCAGACCUAUGUCUGCAAGUGGGACACCGAGUACUACUGCUGCGACGCCGAACACCGGCAGCUAGGCGUCUGUACCUGUGAUCACAUCGAGUGUGCCCAAGGUCGUGCCGCAUGGCUGGAACGCGGUAGGCGAUGCAGCGUGCAAGAAACACCCGCCUCCUGCCAUCGACGAUGGGUCAAACGUAAUCGAAUACAAGACUCAUCCGUUGGUGGCUCCUCGGACGAUGAGGACUUACUCGGUGUGCUGAGAGGCCCCAGUUCAUUCGCCAAUGCCUUCCUUUACGUAGGUUUAGGUACGAUAGCAAUUGGAUUAGUAAUAGCGUUCGUCGGAACCGGCGAGAAAGGAUUCAAAACGGUUGAACUAAGACUAAUCGGACCAUCGUUAAUCGGUCUCGGCUUAUUUUGUUGUAUAUUGCGAAUCCUGUUUUGUAUAUGCCCGUCACACUGUUUAUCAUCUAGUCGUAAAGCACGAAAUAAGAAAAACGCUAAAAUAGAUGCCGAUCACCGAACUUCCCUGCUGCGUGGCGACAGCAAACGAGUAUCGAUAGCACGCGGACCUCACAUACCGACGAAACAGCCACAGAUCUACCCCAAGUCGAUAGUGAAAACAAAGACGUACGAGGGUGUAGAAGCACUUCGGCAGAUAGCAACCACUUCAUUGUUCCUUCAGAACGAGCAGAAAGUAUCAUCAAACCGCAUAGUCCCAAUCAUCAAAGAACCGGAAAAAGGAGAAGAACCACCUUUAGAGCUGAAGAAGAUUAACUCCCUCAAGGCUGAUACACUUAGUGUGAUAGACAUCGUUAGUAUAUCGGAUGGCGAAGAUGACGCAGAGGAUGACCGAAGCCACAAGCACCACCCGCAGGCCGGCAAGGUUUCCGACACUCAGGUGAUAGACCUUACCGGUGAGGACGACCAUUCGCAUCCGGUUGAUUCCCACCACCAGCGAAAAGACAGUAAGCUUCGAAGGCAGCGAACUUCGGUGAAUCAACAGAAGUCCGAUCCCGGUGCGUCGUCACUGUCACCGCCCGGUGGCAGUGGUGCCAGCUCCGGCGGCGGAAGUCUGCUGAUGGAAACCUCGCUGAUGAUCAUCGGUCCGACGCCGGUGACUUCACCAACCAAACCAAUGCAACAAUCAACCCUCACGGUACCGAUGACCACACCGCUGGACGGAGCACCAAGGUCGUCCGCUGGUAGUGGUUCGCUGCUGACAGUGCUGCCAACACAAUCAACCUCGUCCACGUCCGCCUUCGGAGCGAUCGUAGCUCCCAGCAUAAACAACAACCACACGCAGGUGCCCGGAUCACUAUCACCGCUGCCGUCGACCUCGUAUCAACCUAGUGCGGCAGCGCUUAUGUCCCACAUUUCCCCUCUGACAUCACCGCACAACAUUUCCGGUCUUACACACAACAGUAGCAGUAGCAGUAGCAGCUAUCUCCUAUCGCCUCCGCCCGUAGGGGGCUCACAUCUGGGCGCGUCGGCCCUCUCAUCGCCUAGCCCCAAUCAGUACGAUCCGCUCACGCUAGGUACCAAUACAGUCACCACGACAUCCCCAUUGCUACAAUCACCUCCAUCAGCCGCGACCACUACCAAGAACGAACCGGAACUAGUGUUAAGUCCAGCGAAAUUAGGACAGUAGGCUAUAACUAUACAAACACAAUAUAUAGAGAACAGAGAGACAGAGAUUUUUCCUAUAUGAAAACUUAUUAGAAGAAAAACGGAAGAAGACGAGCAAACAAUACAACAGAACAGGGCUAACCAAUAAUGCAACAAAACAACAAGGAGCACAAGGAAGAAUUGAUACGAAAACGGACGGAAAUGAAAACCGAAUACUGACGAACGCGAACUAACAGAAAUGGAUAAACCAGUACGGUAGGAGGGGGACAACUUGAAUCCACAAGAUGGAAACCCGUAACGACCAAUCAACCUAUCGGAUGAGACAAAUUCAGAGCGCUUCACUGCAGAUGUGGACGGAAGAAGUAGGGUAGAGCCUAAUUUGAUACACUGACGAUAUUUCCAAACUGUCCAAGCUCUUAGGUGGUCUUGUGAAGAUAUUUUUUAAGACUCUUUGAGAGAUCAUCACAUUUUUUUAAAGGAAUUCUACAAAAUUUUCAGCAGAACUCCUGAGGAAUCCUUAGCAUGGCCUGGGCGCAAAUUUUUGAUAGAUUUCUCUUAAUAUGCUUGAGUUCCAAAAAUAUCAUCAGCGAAAUUUUGUCAACCCACGCUCGUCAAGGCCUGCUACAGCUGGUCAACACCGUCAAGCUAAAAUCGCUCCACACCUUUUUGCUCCAACUAGCAUGGUGCAGGUCUAAUGUCCAUAGAUAAUCAGUUUAUUAGAGUUUUGUACAUGAUACAUUGGUGG